AUGGCCGGACUCAGGCCCUCAAACGUCUAUCCCCUUCCAGGCAGCGGUGGGGGUGUCCCCGGAGGGGCCGUGCCUCUGCGGGUUGACACUCCAACCUGGCUGAGCACCCCUGCCACCCCUGGCAGGCUGGUGGUGCGGCCGGGGAUGGGUCCUGGCAUCUGCCGAGGCCCCGAGGUGUGGGGCCUGCCUCUUGGCCCCACACCUUACGAGUUCCUGGGCGAGAUCGCACCCCGCGGAGCUGCUGAGGCUGGGGCAUGGUUCCGAAGCCGCCCCGAGGGCGCCUGCCUGGGACCCUACAUCGCCCUGCGGUGCAUCCCAAAGCUGGCGGUGCCAGAGGACGUCUCGGCCAUAGAGAAAGAGAUGGAGCAGCUGGCCAAAGAGCUGAGGCAGAAGAGGCUGACCCUGGGGUACUCGCAGGCCGACGUGGGGUUCGCCGUGGGAGCUAUGUUUGGGAAGGUCCUCAGCCAGACAACCAUUUGCCGGUUCGAGGCCCAGCAGCUCAGCCUGGCCAACAUGUGGAAGCUGCGGCCGCUGCUGAAGAUGUGGCUAGAGGAAGUGGAUGAGAAGAACCUUCUAGGCUUAUGCAAAAUGGAUAUGAUUCUACAGCAGGGGCGGAAGCGGAGACGGGCCAGCCGGGAGAGACGGAUCGGAAUCAACCUGGAGAAACUCUUCCUGCAGUGCCCGAAGCCCACACCCCAGCAGAUCAGCCGCAUUGCUGGCCACCUACGACUGCAGAAGGACCUGGUCCAAGUUUGGUUCUACAACCGGAGCCAGAUGGGCAGUUGGCCAACCACUGAUGUCUCCCUGAGGGAGAAUGUGGGGGCAGCCAGGCCUCCUUUGCCGGGACCACCGAUGUGCUUUCCCCUGGCCCCCGGGUUCCACUUUGAUUUCCACCACUAUGGGGGUCCCUGCCUUACACCUCUGUACUCCUCUACUCACUUUCCUGCAGGAGGAACCCUUCUCUCUGCCCCAGCCACUACACUGGGCCUCCCCAGGCUUUCAAGCUGA